GUCUCUCUGUCUCUCUUCACUAUCUGUUUUUAAAGCUUUGGUUUUUUCUCUUUCUAUCUGAAAAUGAAAACACUAAUCAUGGAAGACACAAACACAACUCCUCAAGACCCAUCUUCCAAAAGACACUUUCAUUGGACAAACAAGGUUGGAAAUGAAGACUCUGAAGAACCAUCACCCACCAUGUCCAAAAUCAUACAAGAACAAAACACCAAAAAACAUGAAGAAAAACCUGUUUCAGGAGGACAUGCAGCAACUAGGAAGAAGCUACAGACCGUAGCAAUUUCAAGAAUACGUUCUGUUUUAACAGUAUUCAGCAAAAACCGUUCAAAUCUACCCUCUGGUCUUGGUUCACGUGUUGUUGGAACCCUCUUUGGUUACCGUCGUGGCCAUGUUCAUUUCGCUUUUCAGAAAGACCCUACUUCACAACCAGCUUUUCUCAUUGAGCUUGCAACACCAAUUAGUGGUUUGGUUCGUGAAAUGGCUUCUGGGUUGGUACGAAUUGCUCUUGAAUGUGAUAAAGUUAAGGAGAAAGAAGGUGAGAAGAAGAGUUUGAGAUUGUUGCAAGAGCCACUUUGGAGGACUUAUUGUAAUGGAAAAAAGUGUGGAUUUGGUAAUAGAAGAGAAUGUGGUGAAAAAGAUUGGGAGAUUUUGAAAGCUGUUGAGCCUAUUUCAAUGGGUGCUGGUGUUUUGCCAGGUGGUGAAGCUGGUUGUUCUGAUGGUGAAGUUAUGUAUAUGAGAGCUAGGUUUGAGAGAAUUGUUGGCUCUAGAGAUUCUGAAGCUUUCUAUAUGAUGAAUCCUGAUAGCAAUGGUGCUCCUGAGCUUAGUGUUUAUUUGCUUAGAGUUUAAUCUCUUAUUAACAGUAUUAGCCUCUUGAAAAGCUUUGCUAAUUACUGUUUAGUUAAUACUUUAAUUUUCCUUUUUUAGUUUUUGUUCUUUGUAGACUUGAUGCAUGUUUGGAAUCACGGUAAAUUUAACAAAAUCAUAGUAGCACCGUGAUUUUGUUGAAGCUAUGAGGUGUAGCUUUUGUCAAAAGUACGAUAGUAUACCGUGAUUUUUUUGAAACUCCGAUGUGGUAUAUGGUGAUCCUGGGAAGCUCAUUGCCAUCUAAACAUGCACUUGGAACGGAACACUAGGUUAAUCCUAUUCAACUUGUUUAGUUCUUCAAUCAAGAAAAUGGAGACCUAGUGUUGUCUUUAGGGUUUUAUUUCUUUCCUCCUCUUCUUCCAAGAGGUAGAAGAUGUGGGGUUCUGUUCUUUUUUUUAGGCUAGGGAGAAAGGGGGAAAAUUGUGGGUAAUCAAUACUUUACAGCUUGGUGGUGGGGUGGGUGAUGAAAGGUGUAUAUGUAUAGUUUUCUUUUCAAUCCUUUUGAUUAGUGAUAUGAAAUGGAUGUUAAUGCAAAUCAUGAUUGUGUUCA